AUGAGCGCCUAUGGGUACAACAACCGCGGCAAGCAGCACCAGGCGGCGAUGAUGGAUGACGACGACGAAGAUCUGUACGAAGGCUUCAACUACUCGAUCGAUUUAGCACCUCCACAAACGGCGUCGAUGCACCAAUCGAGCUACUUCAAGUCUGGCCAGACAGGUCAAGCGGGUGGAAGCAACCCUCCAGGGACAGCAUUUCGCGCCCCGCCGUCUCAAAUGGGCCGUCAGAUGAUGCCCACGGCACGUUUGCAAACCGGGCAGCAAGGCGGCGGUGAAGUCGCGCGCCCCAUGACGUCGGUCACUGGUGCGGGUUUUUCGUCGAAUCCCAAGACCGCCGCUGGCCAACGAGUCUUUGACCCGCUCGGCGAAGCGCGCAAGGCACCAGCGCCGCCGCUCGCUGAAAAGGCCGAAAACUCCCCCAAGGAGACCGCUCGAGACAUGGAAAAGCUCGUCAACUCGCUGAUCGAGCAGAGUUCCGAGGCCGCGGUCAAGCACAACAACGAAGAAGCACUGCGGCUGGCGAAAGAAGCGGGCAAGAAGGAGCGCGCGUUCACCAAGCACUGCGAAACACACGGGCUCACCGACAUGACCAACAUCGACCUGACGUAUGCCGUGUUUUUCAAUCUGGCGAACGCGUACCACCUGAACGGGCUGUGGAAAGAAGCAAUUCAAAGUUACACGCCGAUCGUGAAAAACAAGCAGUACCCGCAAGGGGGCCGCCUGCGGGUGAACAUGGGCAAUAUUUACUUUGAGCAGCAGCAGUACCCGACCGCGAUUCGCAUGUACCGCAUGGCGCUCGAUCAAAUCCCCAACACGUCCAAGGAAAUCCGAUACAACAUCAAGAAGAACAUCGGGUCGGCACAAAUCAAGCUCGGCCACUACCAGGACGCUGCGACAACGUUUGAAGAUAUCAUGGAGGGCAACCCGGACUUCCAGUCUGGAUUCAACCUCAUCAUUUGCUACUAUGCGAUCGGGGAGCACGACAAGAUGCGCCGCGGGUUUACCAACCUCAUCGGAAUCCCCAUGGAGGGCGUGAGCGACGACGAUAGCCAGGACGACGAAAGCAAGGACGGCGACAUCCCGACGGGCGUGCCGGCCGUCGUGCACUUGAAAAAGGACGGCCUCAAGGCGGAGAUUCGCGCGCGCCAGAAAAAAGCCACCGAAUUCAUCCUGACCGCGGCCAAGUUGUGCGCUCCUGCGCUCGACAAGAAGGACUGGCUCGCCGGAUACAAUUGGGUUAUCGACGCCAUGAAAGUCGACCACGAACCGAUCGCGAGCGAAAUGGAAAUCUGCAAGGCGCUGCACUUUUUGAAGAACAAGGACUUUGACAAAGCGAUCGAGGUCCUCAAAGCGUUCGAGAAGAAGGACCCGGCGCUCAAAGCGAUGGCCGCGACAAACUUGAGCUUCCUGUACUUUGUCGAGGGCGACUAUGCGCAAGCCGACAAAUUUGCGUCCCUGGCUGUGCGCCACCAACGCUACAACGCCAAGGCGCUCGUGAACAAGGGCAAUUGUUUGUACAUCAAGAACGAGUGCGAACGGGCCAAGGAGCUGUACUUGGAAGCGAUCGGGGUCGAGGCGGACUGCAUCGAAGCAAUCUUCAACUUGGGCUUGGUCAAUAUCAAGAUUGGCGUGCUAAACGAAGCGCUCCAAGCAUUUGAGAAGCUGCACAGCAUCGUGCCAACCAACACAGAGGUCCUCUACCAAAUAGCCAACUUGCAUGACAUGAUGGGCAACUACCGCCAGGCCGCCAAGUGGUUUAACAUCCUGCUGUCGUGCUUUGGGUCGGCCAAGAACAUUGCCGACCCGGGCGUCCUUGCGCGCAUGGGCCAGAUCUUUAACAAAGAUGACGACGAAACCCAAGCUUUCCACUACCACCUCGAGUCGUACCGGCAUUUCCCCGUCAACCUGGACGUCAUAUCGUGGCUCGGCGUGUGGUAUGUCAAGAGCGAGCUGUACGAGAAAGCGAUCCAGUUCUUUGAACGGGCGGCGCAAAUCCAACCGACUGAAGUGAAGUGGCGCCUCAUGGUGACGAGCUGCCAUCGCCGCAUGGGGGCGUAUCAAAAGGCGCUAGUCCUGUACGAGCAAAUCCACGUCGACUACCCCGACAACCUCGAGUGCCUCCGAUAUUUGGUCGCGAUUUGCAAAGAUUUGGGCCAAAAGUACGAGCAUCACCAGCACGCGCUCGCCAAACUCGAACGCGAAAACGCCGCGAAAAUCAACUCGCAACUGAAUGCGACCGCAGCGUCGAAUGGGUCACCACCUACCAGCCAGCAGCAGCAGCCAAACGUGAGCCGACCUGCCAGUGGACAAAAUGAACGAGGGGGGUCGGCGGGCGGCCGCCGUGGCGAAGCCAACAACCAGCACACGGAUAGCAGCGUGUACGACCAUCCUUCGGCGCAUCGCGACGGUGCCGCAUCGAAUCGGGAAGAAAACAACAAGAGCUUUGCCGUCGAUGCGGACGACUACGCCGUGCCCAAGCCCAUGUCAUCCACCGCAUCGACCAGCCCCAAAUCGAUUCGAAAGGAAAAAGCCGAUGAAGCGGAUGACUGGGGCGACGCCGAUGUUGGGAAUCUUCUCGGGGAUUGA